ACCACAACAAAAUUCGUGUUAUUGCGUAGUUUUAAAAACGUAAUUAACAAUAACGCUUUAGGAGAAACUCGCAUUAAAACGUAAAUCGCAAUCAUUUAUAAAUCAAAAAUUUUAGGGCCUGAUAUUGCCUGAUAUUGAUUCCAAGAUUCAAUUUCCCAAACAUUUUCUUAGAUCUUUAUUUUGAUUUGGUCACUAUUGGCGUGCAUCGUAAUUUCCUUUUUUUUUGUUUACAAAAAGCGAAGGACGUUUCGCCAGGAUGAGCAGCGGAUGGUAUCUGCAGCAUGUGACUACCGGCUCCCGCCACAUUUUGCACAAGGGGAUUAAUGUAGUGGGUCGCCACUCGCGCUGCAAUAUUGUUUUGGCUGGAACCUACCAAUAUGUGUCCCGGGAGCACGCGAAACUCGACGUCAGCGAUGGGGGCGUGGUGGUGCAGUCGAUGAACGCCUUGAAUGGCAUCUUCAUCAAUGAGGGCAAGCUGGGCGAAAAGAUCAACCGGUUGGCCGUGGCGGAGGGCUCCACCAUCAGCUUGGGAGUCUCGGGAGUGCCACUCAAGGAAAUUUCUUCCAUUCAUGCCAUUUUCGUUCUGAAGAAAAUAGUGCCCACCGCGGAGGAGGUUAUCCUUUCCUCCGACGAUGACGAUACCCAGCCGCUUCCCGCAGUGAGAUCUCCUAGUGGAAAUCAGCCCACGGAAUUCAAUCUCAAACAGCAAAUUCCCAACUUUCCCCUCAAGAAGAACACCAGCCAGGAGGAAGAGGUGGAGCUGCCCUCAAGCUCCGGUUUGAUCGCCUUUAGCGAUGGCGAGGAAGACUUCCUCGAGUUCAAUGGCAUGGAGAGCAUGGCAGAAGGCUCUCCUUCAUCCCAAGUUUACGAGGAAAUUGUCAUUAUCAGCGACUCGGAUGAUAAUGAGUUGUACGACAAGGUGGCCGAUUGGUCCAAGUUGCUAAGCCAAAAGGUCGUUCCAGAUGUCAUCGAAAUGUCGCAGACGUACCCCCUGGCGGAGGAGGACUUUACAAAUUAACCCUUAAUCGCUUAUGCAACUUUUCCUUUGAGAGCUCUAUAUGUCCUGAACACCCUACUUAUAUAUACGUUGUAUAAUACUCAAAUGUCGUGAUAGUAGCAGCUUGCGAAUUUGUCUGCUAGCUCGUAUCUAGUAGUUUAUAAAACCUCCCUCCCACUCGUUUAUCUCCGCUUAAUCAAAAAUCAAAACAUAAUACAUCCAGCAGAACAGAACGAAUCGGAACAGCAUCAUCGAUGUCCUUAAUUUACAUUUAGAGAGAGCGAAUACUUGAUGUGUUAAUUUAAAAAAUCAAUUUGCAUACAAAUUGUCUGUAAUAUUUAAGCUUUGUAGGAGAUCGUGUUCGAUGUGGAGAGCCCAGAUCCAAGACUUAAGUCGGAGUGCAUAACAAUCAAAACAAAAACUGAAAUAAAUUUAAAACUAA